GUCUAAACAAGGUCAAAACAUCAUGACCACUGCCCGCCUUCAUCAGUUACGGCUAUCUUCCUCCUCCGCGAGAUCUCUCGUGGUCUCGAAGUCGUUUGAAAGAGCUAGGAUUACGGCCAGGAAUCCAAGCAUUAGAGGGAGGGAAGGACAAGCCGUUCAUCGACCGGAAUAACGAGAAGAUCUCACUAUCUGGGCAUCUGUGAGGAUGGCCCCCAGUUUCUUCUCAAAACUGGUCAGGACAGCUCCAACAAACAGCCCACACAGUCGCGAGCGGUCACUCGACAAUCCUUCUGAUUCCAACUCGACAAGCAGCCUUACCAAACCCUCUCGAAGUCGAACGGUAUCGGCUGUCGAGACUCCUCCCGAUUUUCGUUCAAACGAAUUCGGUGUACUUGGCUCAGGGGCGGCGAAGAGACUACCGGGCUCGAAUGGUGGAGGUGGAAGUCGAGUUGUGAGCGGGAGUGGUGCCGGAGAUAGAGGUUAUCAGUCGGAUACUGGAACGACGAGCAGCGCAAACCCAAGUGUUCGUAUCGUUCCUCCGUCGCCACAAGUCACCGAGGGCAGUCCAAAUAUUGGAGGCAGUCCAGCAAAAGGAAUCAAUGGGUUGCCGGAAGUAUCGCAUCAGGAAAAACUUGGGGAGUCGGGUAAUGUUAUUGAUGGAUUGCCCUCAUCGUCGCCAGCAGGCAGCGGGUUUUCGGAAGCCUCUCAACGAAAACGACCAUCGUCGCGACCACCCUCUCCAGUACCACCGACAAAUGGCAGCAGUAAAAAGCUGAGCAAGUCCAAGUCACGUCCUACAACCCCAGUGUCCUCAUCUGCAUCACCUGCAUCACCAUCAAAUGCACCGCCCUUACCGCAGCCCUUAGCAGGAACGAACUCAUCAAAUUCUACGACAACUGUGAAGGCAUUACAAACACCGCCGGAGAUGAAACAUAAAUCAUCUAAUAAAUCGCUACGGUCGAUGACUAUCAAGAUUACCCCUCCUCCAGUGCCCCAAAACCUGACCCAUACCCCAAAAGUCAAUUCACUCGACAGUACCAAUUCGAAGACGAGUUCAGGUGGACACGGAUUAGUGGAAUCCCCCACAUCGGUCGAGACGGAGUUUGUCAUGCCGGAAAGACAAGGAAGGGAAGGAAAAGACGAUGAUAUGACUCCUAGGCCUGAUGAGGCACCGGUAUCUCCACAUCAGCGGUCCAAAUCUGUAGGCACAGUGGAAGCCAGUUCGCCCCCAAGAGUUAAUGCACAUCGGAAAGAGGCUACUGCUGGGGUGCCAAAUCCAGUACGACAAGGAAGUGGGUGGAGAAAGCCUACGAGCAAACCUACAGGGUUGGCGGGAGCGAUUGCAGCUAGCGGGUUGGCUAUGGCGAAUCCAGGAAUGACGGGAGUAGGAAUGCAGAGUGCUCAGUUCAGUCCACCGAUAUCCAGGGCACAGAUGAACCGAAUGCCCUCGAAUUCAAAUAUUUCCAAUGCUACUUUGAACGUCAACGAUGACCAAUCACAGAACAAAAAGAAGAAAGAAAAGGAACGAAAAGCUUCUCGUCGUGCAUCUACACACUCGGGAGAUCCGAAUCUGCUUCCGGAACCUGACCUCCGCGAUUUGGACUACUACUCGGGUCUUGAAGACUCUUCGUCAAAUUCUGACGAUUUUGACGCUGAUUCGGAGGAUGAUGACAUUCUAGGGCCUAGGAGGAAGAGGGGAAGAAGUGUUGGUGCGGUGAGCUCAGAGGCAGUUUCGAGUCCUAUUAGAUCCAAGCUAGAGAGUGGAGAGAGUUUACCUUAUGGUGGAAGUGAUUGGGGAGCGAGGAGCGGUGGUGGUGAAUGGGGUGUUACUGGUUUCGCGGUUGCGAGCAGUAGAAGGAAUGCAGAAUUUCAUGAGGUGUUCCCAGGCAUUCCUGAGGGUGAUUAUCUAAUUGAAGAUUAUGGUUGUGCAUUGCAAAGAGAAAUUCUCAUCCAAGGGAGACUAUACAUAUCGGAGAACCAUGUCUGUUUCCAUGCGAACAUCUUAGGAUGGAUUACCGACCUCACAAUACCCAUCUACGAAAUAACCUCACUCGAAAAGAAGAUGACCGCCUUCGUCAUACCCAACGCUCUCCAAAUUACCACGCGCCAAGCCAAAUACAACUUUGCAUCAUUGUUGGCUAGAGACACGACGUAUGAUGUUAUCCAUAACAUUUGGAGGAUUGUCAGAGCGCCUGAUCUGGUUGAAGAGGGUAUGCAUGGAAGGGAGCUUGGUGAGGAUGGUGUUGUUGUUCACGGUCAAGGGGAAACCUGUCCCGCCGCUAGAGUGUCUGGAGGGUCUGCUCCUACAGCUACAACACAGAAAAAGUCGAUAUGUGAGUGCCUGAGAGAGGGCAAACAUUAUACUGAGACUGCGAUGGAUACGGUUGUCCCUGGAACGCCGGAUAGGAUACAUAAUCUAAUGUUUGCGAGCGGGUUUAUAAAGGAGUUCAUGAGCGGUAAUCAGAAGUUAACUGAUAUCCAAAUUUCCGACUGGAUCCCCACGUCACCCGAUGCCCCCCAAGGCCACCUAGCUCGAAACAUGUCUUACAUCAAACCUCUUAACGCCCCUGUCGGCCCCAAAUCGACGAAAUGUGAAAUUCGAGAUGAAGUCGUUCAUUGCGAAUUUGACGAUUAUGUCUCUACGAUCUCCACGACGAGGACACCUGAUGUUCCUAGUGGCAGUGUUUUCAGUGUUAAGACAAGGACGUGUAUUAUGUGGGAUAGCGUGGCCAGCAGUAGGAUUAUUGUCACGACGCAGGUGGAGUGGACUGGGAGAAGUUUUAUCAAGGGUAUUAUCGAACGUUCAGCCAUCGACGGUCAAAAAAACCAGUGCAUUGAACUCGAACGCGCCAUGCGAGCCUACAUUCAAGAACACCAAUUAGAAUUCAUCCCUGAAGGCGUAGAUCUAGGUGCCAUCGCUGCAACCAGCUCUGCAAACGACGCUGCGAAUAAUGCUUCACCCACUUCACCCUCUGCUGGGGACUACCUCGUCCCACCUACACCCAAAGAACGGGAACGAGAGCGCAACCAACGUGCGUUCCAAUGGGCUUGGGAUACGUUUGACGGUGCUUUCAAAGUUGGAACGACAAGUGCGAAGGGAGCGAUUGAGCUCAUUAUAGAUGCGUGGGACCAGAGUGAGACGACGACGAUCUUGUAUUUCGUGAUCGUGGGGUUGGUGUUUAGCAAUUUGUAUACUUGGAUGAAAGUUUCUUCAUCUGGGAAACGAGAGCUGAGGGAGUUGAGGGAGUUGAGAAGGGAACUGAGGGCGCGAGAUAUUGCGUUUCAGGUUCAGGAGCCACCAUCGACAGUAGCCGCUGGAUGGUCUGUUGAUGAAUCGGGAGAGAGGGAGAAAUGGAUACAGGGGAUUGUGUCGGCACUCAAGGAGGAGAUUAAACCUACUACUCCUGCUAAGGGCAAGGGUUCAUCUGGACAAGUGGUAGAUGAAGAGGGAAGUGUGUCCAAGGAGAAACUCGAAGAAACGGUUGCGGAUUUGGUCCGGACACUUGAUCACGUUGAGGCGAAGGCGAAGUUUUUAAGGCAAAGCUUGCAGAAGUCAUCGACUGUAGAUGCUUUGGACUAAUAACGAGGCUCCGGAUACACGAUGGGCGGUUUUUUUUUUAUCUUUAUUUUUCUUACGCGAGAAAUAGUCUGCCGCUCCUUUUUUAAAACUCUUUAUUAUGCUGCUUUAGGUGUCUACUCCUUCACGAUGAUAUUAAUGACGAUAUACCUUUCCAUACUUACCCCGUUGAGAUAUGUAGGAUGCGUAUGUGUAACUAUUUUGCAACAGUGAUUUGCUUUCCGCGG